UAGGGGGCGCGCGGGCGAUCUACCACCUGGCCGCGCACCUGCAGCCUGGGUGCUCGGCGGGAAUGGCGGGUUCCGGGCUACUGCCGCUGGCGCUGGCCGUGCUGCUCCUAGUGAGACCCAGAGACUCUUCUGUCGUCCUUGUAGUCACAGGUGUUGCCUUUUCAGUUUUCUGGGAAACAGAAAGAGCAGAAUCACUUGCCACAAGUCCAGAGUCCACGACUGUCUCCUUCACCUCAAGUCCAGAGUUCACAUCUGUCUCCUCCACCUCAAGUCCAGAGUCCACAUCUGUCUCCUCCACCUCAAGUCCAGAGACCACAUCUGUCUCCUCCAUCUCCCUGAGUCUGAAAGUGACAUCCAAUCCAGACUCCAGCUCCAGCUCCACAGGAGCAAACUCAGGCUCAGCCUCCCCAGAACCAGAAACAGCCUCUCUCCCCAGCUCUGGCUCCCCAGGUUCUGAGCCGACCACCAUAUCCCAAUUCACAAGCUUGCUUCCACAGGGUUCACCUACUGUGUCCAGCCCCAGCCAGGAUGCAGACAGCCUGUGGAUCCCCACAGCACAUAGGAACCCGGGUGUGGUGAUCGCUGUCUGUCUGCUUGUGUCUGUCUUGCUGGUGGGCUCUGUGCUCACUGCUGUGAGACACUGUAACCGAGAAGCAGCAGCUUUUCAGAAUCUGGACACAGUAUCCAUGGGCAGUGUGAGCCAGAGGCUGCCAUUUGCUGACCACCUACAGUCCUGACUCUCAGAGGCCUGGAGAUGGGGUGGGGAUAACACCUGGGAAAAGCAGUGGCUGGGAAAGUCCCCACUGCACUGACCUGGGGAGGAGCCUGCGGCAGGAGAAUGGCUUGGGUCCAGGAAUUUCAGGACAGUUUGGCCCACACAUCUAGUCCUCAACUCAAAGAUCAAGUCAAUCCAGGGGUGAUGGGUAUACCCAGCACUUGGGAGGUAGAGACAGCAGGGUCAGAUGUUCAAGUCUAGCUACAUAGGGGGUUUGAGGCCAGCCUGGGCUACAUGAGUCUCUGUCUUAAUAAAAGAAAAAAUUGGGGAGCUGGAGAGAUGGCUCAGUGGUUAGGAGCACUGACUGCUUGUGCAGAGGAGCAGGGUUCCCAGCACCCACAUGGCAGCUCACAACUACCGAUGACUCUAGUUCCGGGGAUCUGACACCCUUUCAGCCUCUGCGGUCACCAGACUCGCCGGUGAUAGAUACACAGGCAUACAUGCAGGCAGAACACAUUUAAAAAAUAAAUAUAAACUAAAUAAAGUCCUUAGUGU